CAUAAACCCUAAACCCUAGCCGACCAAGAAGAAGACGACGACGUCUAAACCGUGAAACCCUCUCUUGUCUCCCUCUCUGUGUGAAAUACGACCAGCUGCAAUGGGUGCUAAUAAGAAAAAGGGUGCUAAGUCACAAAAACCUCCACCUAAAAAGAAGCAAAAGAAUGAGUUUUUUACUGCUAAACACACAAAAGAAGAUGAUGUUUCCGACCAUUCUGAUAGUAUGAAUGAAGAAGUAGAGGAACACGAGGAUUUUGAUGGAGAUGAGCAAGAUUUUGGUUCUGGUUCAGAAAUUUCUUCUGAUGGGGAUGAUCCGUUAGCUGAUGAUUUCCUACAAGGAAGUGAUGAUGAAGAGAAAGGUUCGGGCUCAGGCUCAGACUUGGGGUCAGAUUCAGAUGAAUCUGAUAUCGAGAAGAAGUCAAAAGCUAUUGAUGCAGAAAGGGCUCAAGAAGAAGAAGACGCAGAGAAGGAAAUUCAGCUCAACAUUAAAGAGGAAUCUGAUGAAUUCAGAUUACCUACCAAGAAGGAACUUGAUGAAGAGGCACGUGGGCCCCCUGAUCUUUCAAAUCUCCAAAGGAGGAUAAAAGAGAUUGUUCGAGUGCUUUCAAAUUUUAAGGCUUUGAAGCAAGAGGGCACAACACGGAAGGAUUACAUUGAGCAGCUUAAGAAGGAUUUAAGUUCAUACUAUGGCUACAAUGAUUUCCUAAUUGGGGCUUUAGUCGAGAUGUUCCCAGUUGUUGAACUUCUGGAACUUAUUGAAGCCUUUGAGAAGCCUCGACCCAUAUGUCUACGAACUAAUACUUUAAAGACACGGAGGCGGGAUUUGGCGGAUGUUCUGAUUAACAGAGGAGUGAACCUAGAUCCCUUAAGCAAGUGGUCAAAAGUUGGACUGGUUGUAUAUGAUUCACAAGUGCCCAUUGGUGCAACUCCUGAAUAUAUGGCAGGUUUCUACAUGCUCCAAAGUGCAAGCUCAUUUUUGCCUAUCAUGGCCCUUGCUCCUCAAGAAAGGGAACGGAUCGUUGAUAUGGCGGCUGCACCUGGUGGCAAAACAACAUACAUUGCUGCUCUUAUGAAAAAUAGUGGAAUAAUUAUCGCAAAUGAGAUGAAGGCACCAAGGCUUAAGUCACUCACUGCAAAUCUACAUCGAAUGGGGGUGACGAACACUGUAGUUUGUAACUAUGACGGAAAGGAGCUCCCCAAGGUUUUGGGUGUCAAUACAGCUGAUAGAGUCUUGCUGGAUGCCCCUUGCAGUGGGACUGGGGUCAUAUCUAAAGAUGAGUCUGUUAAGAACACUAAAAGCUUGGAAGAAAUUAAGAAAUGUGCACAUUUGCAGAAGCAAUUGAUUCUUGCGGCCAUUGAUAUGGUGGAUGCCAAUUCAAAAUCUGGUGGAUUCGUUGUUUACUCCACCUGUUCCAUAAUGGUUGCUGAGAAUGAAGCAGUUGUUGACUAUGCACUCAAGAAGAGGAAUGUUAAAUUGGUGUCUUGUGGGCUUGACUUUGGACGUCCAGGGUUUAUUAGGUUUAGGGAACAACGCUUUCACCCAUCCUUGGAAAAGACAAGGCGUUUCUAUCCUCAUGUUCACAAUAUGGAUGGCUUUUUUGUGGCGAAGUUGAAAAAAUUUAGCAAUUCAAAGCCAGCUGCAGAACAUUCUGAUGAACCGUUAGAAACGGUGGAGGGCGACAGUGGAAAUAAUGCUGUGGAAUUGACAUUUGACACUACAAAAGAAGAGGUUUUGGAAGACGGUGUUAUUGAAAAUGGAAAAAAAGAAGCACAUACAACUGCCAAAGAAGGGUAUAAAAGGAAAUACCUAACAAGAGAGGAGAAGAAGGAGAAAAGGAAAUCCCAAUCAAGAGAAAAUAUCUCGAAAGCAAGGGAAGAGAAGAGAAGAGCAUUGAGGGAAAAUAAGAAGGCUGCACGCGAGUAGUGGAAGAAGUGGAGCGACUAGUGGCAAUACAUGAAUCAUGGUCGAUAAAUUACUAAUGGUUAAGUUCUGGUACAAACUGCCUGCAUUACUGUAUUAACAGGGGGAGUGUUCACCAGAGAAGCUCAUGCACGCUUUUGCAAUGUGAUCACAAGAUAAUCAAGGGGUUACUUCAACCUUACUGUAAUGAUCUCCAGCUUAGUAUUUAUAAUAUCCAAUUUUGUUUUGCUAAGAAAAAAGAUAUCAAAAUUUGUUCUUGUAAGCAUCAGUGGAAGGGAAAACUUGUAAUAGCUCGCACUUCUUGGUCUUUACAAGUUUUAAAGGUUUUGUUUAUUUGGAAGUAAAUUUGUUAUUGUUUUUGUUUUCAAUACAAAUUUAUAUGCAAUUUUAGGAUUCGGUUAUAUGAAAAAAUUUGAAGCUUUGCCCCUUUUU